AUGUUCGAAAAGUAUUCCAGUACCAACUUCACGUUGUCGCAUUUUCGGAAGCCGGGUUCCAAGGAGCAGGGGCAGGAACAAAUGGAUGAUGCUAAGAAUCGAUGGACGCUGUGGAGGUUCGAGAACGGCAGAACCAGAGCCACCGGAGUCACAGUCCUCCUUCCUCCAAAAAUGAAGAGUUACUUGUUCUCAGUUGCACGCGUUUCUGAUCGACUGAUGACCUGUCAAAUGCUCGGAAAGCACGGAAGCAUAGCCUCGUUGUUGCGUAUGCGCCUCAGAGGUAUCAAGCGGGGCGGAGGGGGGGCAAACAAGGACCAGUUCUGUGACUGUUUCCAAGUGGCUGUCAGUCGGCUGUCACAACACGACUUGACAGUUGUCUCCGACGAUCUGAACCCCCAGGACGGCAGUGAUCAGCAGUAG